UGCAGCAUUGCAUGGUUCCAUUACUCAACCUUUUUCUGUUACAUAUCAAAUCACAAAUGAAAAAUGAAAAUGAAAUAACAAUUCUCUCUGAUUCUUUAUUUUUCCUCUCCACCCUUUACAGCCUCACACUCCCUUUCAAAUUCUUUAUCCCAUCACUGUAAACUCCUUGAAGAAUCCCCCCAUUGUCUUUCCCAAAGCUCUCUGUUAGAACAAAAAGGUAAUUGUAAGUUUUUUCUUUUUCUUUUUUAGUUCUUGGAAAUGCUUGUGGGUCUGUUUCUCAUUCUUUUGUGCUGUUCUGAUUGUCUUCUUCUUGUGAGUUCUUUGAAUGAUGAAGGGUUUGUGCUUUUGUCACUUAAGCAGUCCAUUAGUUUAGACCCAGAUGGGGCUUUCAGCAAUUGGGAUUCUUCUGAUGAAACCCCUUGUUCUUGGAAUGGAAUUGGUUGUGUAAAGGAAAUAGUUGUUUCUGUUACCAUUCCUAAGAAGAAUUUGUAUGGAUUUCUUCCUUCUGCUCUUGGGGCUCUUUCUGGGCUUCGCCAUUUGAAUUUAAGAAACAAUAGGCUUUAUGGGAACUUGCCUUUUCAGCUCUUCUCUGCUCAAGCUCUGCAGAGCUUGGUUCUUUAUGGGAAUUCCUUUUCUGGGUUUGUUCCAAAUGGGAUUGGGAAGCUUAAAUACCUUCAAACUUUGGAUUUAUCUCAAAAUUUCUUCAAUGGGUCAUUACCCACUUCAAUUAUACAAUGUAAGAGACUUAAAACCCUUGAUGUUAGACAGAAUAACUUCACUGGUCCAUUGCCACAUGGGUUUGGAACUAGCUUCAGUUCUUUGGAGAAACUGGAUCUUUCAUUUAAUUCCUUUGAUGGUUCCCUUCCUAGUGAUUUGGGGAAUUUGUCUAGCUUACAGGGCACUUUUGACUUGUCUCAUAAUCUUUUUUCUGGUUCAAUUCCACCUAGCCUUGGAAACCUACCUGAAAAGGUUUACAUUGAUCUCAGCCAUAACAAUUUGAGUGGUCCAAUACCUCAAAAUGGUGCUCUGAUGAACAGAGGACCCACUGCUUUUAUUGGCAAUCCGGGGCUCUGUGGUUCCCCAUUGAAGAACACAUGUUCUUCAGGAACUCUGAGUGCAAGCUCACCGUCCUUGCUUCCGUUUCUCCCGGACGAUCAUUCGCCGGGUAUUUCUGGUGACAAUGCUGAGAAAACUGGGGGAUUGAGUAAGAGUGCUGUGAUUGCAAUAGUACUUGGUGAUGUGAUUGGCAUAUGUUUAGUUGGGUUAUUGUUCUCAUAUUGUUAUUCUAGAGUGUGUAAUCCAAGGAGCAAAGACGAGAUUGGGCAUAGUUCCGAUAAGGGGAAAGGAAGAAACGAGUGUUUAUGCUUCAGGAAGGAUGAAUCUGAGUCGGUUUCACAGAAUGUGGAGCAGUAUGAUCUUGUGCCAUUGGAUGCACAAGUUGCAUUUGAUCUUGAUGAACUUCUCAAGGCAUCGGCCUUUGUUAUUGGCAAAAGUGGGAUUGGUAUAGUGUACAAAGUGGUGCUUGAAGAUGGAGUUACAUUGGCCGUGCGACGAUUGGGCGAAGGCGGUUCGCAGAGGUUCAAAGAAUUUCAAACAGAAGUAGAAGCAAUAGCAAAGCUAAGGCAUUCCAAUCUUGUCAAUCUUAGAGCCUAUUACUGGUCUGUUGAUGAGAAGCUGCUCAUUUAUGAUUUCAUACCUAAUGGAAACCUUGCCACUGCCAUUCAUGGAAAGCCAGGAAUGGUAUCUUUCAUGCCGUUAUCCUGGUCUGCGAGGUUAAAGAUCAUGGAAGGAAUUGCUAAAGGAAUUGUCUAUCUCCAUGAAUUCAGCCCCAAGAAGUAUGUUCAUGGAGAUUUGAAACCCAACAACAUACUGCUCAAUCAGAACAUGGAAGCCAAAAUUUCUGAUUUCGGCCUUGCUCGACUUGCGAAUAUUGCAGGAGGAACCCCAACCCUACAAUCAAGUCGAGUGGCAUCUGAGAAACCGUUAGAUCCAAAACAACCGAAAACCGUAACAUCCGAGAUCAUUUGCAAUUCAUCGUCCAACACAGGAACUUGUUAUCAAGCCCCUGAAUCACUCAAAGUCUUGAAACCAUCCCAAAAAUGGGAUGUUUACUCAUAUGGUGUGAUCUUACUUGAAAUGAUAACUGGAAGAUUCCCAGUAAUCCAAGUGAGUUCUUCCUCUGAAAUGGAUCUUGUCCAUUGGAUUCAACUCUGCAUUGAAGAACAGAAACCUCUUUCAGAAGUAAUAGAUCCAUAUCUAGUUCAAGAUGCAGAUAAAGAAGAAGAGUUCAUCUCUGUACUCAAAAUUGCUAUGUCUUGUGUUCAUGGAAGCCCUGAAAGGAGACCUACCAUGAGACACGUCUCCGACGCCCUCGAAAGGCUAUCAUCUUCAUCAACAUCGAGGAAUUAAAAAUCCACACGAUGAAGAAAAGAGGGAGCAAAAGUGAUGGAAGUUUAUGUGUUGAUUAAGAUAAGAUAAAGAUGGUAAUGACUUUAUUUUGAUGUUUGCAAGAUUCUUCUUGUUAGCUGUUAAUUUUGAAUAGAGUUUAGGCAAAGGUAGGGUCUGGUCUGCCCCAAGAGCAUGCUGUUUUAUAAAUUUAAUUAAUAAUGUUCAGAUUUAGAUUAUGGUGGGAAGCUGUCUUCUUCUCUUUUGCUCUUUUUGCAGACCUUUGGAAUCCUUCUUGGUUUUUAUUUUAUUUUAUUUUCCCUUUUUUUCCCCUUUUUUUUUUUUUUUCUUUUUUCACAAUUCAAAAGGUUAUUUCUCU